AAGAGCCUCGCCAACCGACGCACGCUCACAGUUGCCGUUCGGUCGCGAAUCGGUGCAGACCGUCUUUUCCCGUAGCUCGUCUCUGUGUUCGGUGUGCGCACUCGCGCUCCCUCGUGUGUGUGUGUGUGUCGGUGAGGUGCUGUGUUCCAUUGUGCGGGCCCCUCGGCAGUGCUUCAAGUGGCCAGUGUUUCCGAGACAAUCUGCUGUUUAAAAAUGCACCGCUGGAGCUUAGUGGCGGUCCUGCUGUGCAGCGGCGUGCUGUGCGCGUACGUUUCCCGCUGCCAGGCUGACGGUUCGCACAAGAUGGAGGUCGUCAAGCAGUGGAACCUGCUCAACUACAACUUCCCGUGGGACUACCCGGCCGCCAGCAAAGAGUUCUACAACCCGGAAAAUGUCGUCGCCACCGGGCUGGAGGUAGGGUACGAUCGAAUCUUUAUUGCGACACCGCGCCUUUUCUCGGGCGUACCGGCCACAGUUUCGAGCAUUCCGCGCGGCACCAACGGUGACUCACCGGUGCUGCAAGCCUACCCGGACUGGACGCACCAUCGUGCCGCUACCAAGGAGUACAACUGCUCCGACAUUGGGCUGGUGUCGGUGUACCGGUUGCGUAUCGAUUCCUGCAACCGACUGUGGGCGCUGGACGCAGGUGUGUCCCGUUCGCUGGAAGACUUCGAGGUGACGUGCCCACCGAAAAUUCUCGUGUACGAUCUGCACACCGAUCAGGUGGUACGGCGCAUUGAUUUCCCGCCCGAGGUUGUGCGACGCGAAUCACUGUACACUAACCUGAUCGUGGACGAAACGACGUCCCGGCCGGAGAACAACUGUGACGAUGUGUUCGUGUACAUUACGGACACGGUUGCACCGGGCAUCGUGGUGUACGACAGUGGGAAGGAUCUGACGUGGCGCGUUAGCCAUCCGGCUAUGUAUCCCGAUCCGGACUUUGCCGAGUCGUCCAUUCUGGAGCAUCGGUUCACGCUGAUGGACGGUAUUGUGGGGUUGGCGUUCGACAUGGAAGCGGGUAUCGUGUACUUCCAGCCGUUGGCAACUGAUCGCAUUUUCUCCGUGACCACGGCUGCCCUUCGUGCUGGACCGCUGCCCUUCGGAAAGGAUCUGCCCGUGAAGCUGGUGGGAAGAAAGUCCUCCCAAGGUAUUGGUCUUGGUGCGUCUCCCCGUGGUGGUACCAUCUUCUACUCACCGUUGUCCGAAACGGCCGUCGCUUCCUGGAACCCACGAACAAACGAGCAUCAGAUCCUUGUGCAAGAUCAAGAGAAAAUCCAGUUUGCUGCCGAUCUUCGUACACCGGACCGCGACGGUACCGCUCUCUACGUCCUGACGUCCAAGUUCCAUCGGUUCUUCCUGAAAAAUCUCGACGCCAAUGAGUUCAACACGCGCAUCCUUCGCAUCGAUGGUGUGGCCAUUCCAAGCGGUCAGCUCGCCACCCAAAGCCACUUGCGGCCAACGAUUCCCUACGACACGCUGCACGGAAACGCUUACUAUCACCCUUCUGUCGUACUACCGGUACCGUACAAACCGUUGCCACCGGGACAGAGCAUUGCACUGCCACCGGCCGCUACAACCUCCAACCCGGUGAGCGUGUUUAACUCGCAAAACAUGCCCUUCGGUCAUCACGGGCUUUUCACCAAGCAAUCGUCGUUCGGACACAGCACCAUCCUGGGACAGGGAAAACCAUCGCAACCGUUCUUUUCGCUAAACAACGGUGAAAAGUCAUUCCCACCCUCGAGCAUCGGUUCACGGCCCCAGUACGGAGCAAGCGGUGCACCGAUUUUCGUACCGAAGAUCAAUCAGAACUUUAACGAUCUGAAUCUGCUGCGGUAUCGGAAGAGCGUAAAUGCGACGGCUGUACACUGAGUACACCCCCGGGCGAUGGUCGAUCGUGGAUAAUCGACGUUUGUACAUAGAUUUAGUAGAGGACGUCAUACACACAUGAAGAGAUUUUACAGCAAUAGUGAUUCAUACACUGUGACGAACGACUAGCGCUAGCGAGGCGUUUUCAGGCACGACGAUAAAUGGGAUUAGUAAACGAAACAAACAGCGCCAUUGAAACAGUAACACUGCCCAUAAUUGAUGUAAGGUUCCGUGAGAGGUAACGCAAUAAUACUCAUCGUAAGAUAAGCAUACAACGUUUUUUUCUGUAAAUUGUAUUUAAAAACAUAGUGAAGCUCAUGCUCUGCAACAAUAAAGUAAACCAUCAUUCCAUUCCUCAGUACAAA